UCUCUACUAUUUUACUCAUGCAAACAGGCACAUUCCUGCUUGCUUCAGUCCUUCUUGUUCAAGACUUGAUUGUUGUGGCUUUCAUGUAAUCUUGGCUUCCUUGUUUUGGGCUUACUUUUCUUUUUCUGUUUCUUGGCUGUGCAAGAAAAAUGAAAAGCUGACUUUCGGUUGUUUUGGUAACAAAAUCUGUGGUUGGUUGAUCAUGCAGUCAAAAGAAACGAAUCUACAUUUCUUUUCCUUUCUUGAUUUCAUUUCUUUGUAAGGAAAGGGAGAUUUUGCUCGAUCAAUCCUCCCUAUAUUUCAUUUCCUCAGCUUUGAAUGUCAAAGAUUUCCUUUCUGUUUUUUUAGAAAGAAUCAAUUUUCUCUGUUUUCCAUUUGUCCUUUCAUUUUUCACUUUUGAUGUAACAGUUUGAUAAAGGAGUUUCUUUUACAGGUAUAGCAGAAUAUUUAAUUUGCUAUAAUUUCCUAAACCUCUGUUUUCUCCAAAUUUUCCCCUCUCUCUCUCUCUCUCUCUCUCUCCCACACCUCUGUUUUCUUCUGUUUUCUAAGUGGUUCGUCUUCAGUAUCUUUUCUUAUCUGAUUGUAAUUGCACUACUGAUACUAUAUUGUAAUUCAGAGAUCAUGGAGUACAUGAAAACCCCAUUUAGAGGUAUCCUAAACGAUGUUAAAGGAAGAAUAGCUUGCUAUAAACAAGAUUGGGUUGCUGGCAUUCUUUCUGGAUUCGGUAUACUAGCACCAACUACAUAUAUCUUCUUCGCUUCAGCCCUUCCUGUUAUUGCCUUCGGAGAGCAACUUAGUAGAGAUACAGAUGGAAGCUUGAGCACAGUAGAAACAUUAGCUUCUACUGCUCUUUGUGGCAUCAUACACUCAAUACUUGGUGGCCAACCUCUUUUAAUUUUAGGAGUUGCAGAGCCAACUGUUAUAAUGUACACUUAUUUGUACAACUUUGCUAAAGGAAGGGAACAUUUAGGACAAAAACUCUUCUUGGCUUGGGCUGGAUGGGUUUGUGUCUGGACAGCUGUUUUGCUGUUUCUUCUUGCAAUAUUCAAUGUUUGUGAUAUAAUCAAUCGGUUUACUCGGUUAGCAGGCGAAAUUUUUGGCAUGCUGAUUGCUGUUUUAUUCAUCCAAGAGGCUAUCAAGGGCAUGGUCAGCGAGUUUGAAAUUCCCAAAUCUGAGGACCCGAAGUUAGAUAAGUAUCAAUUUCAGUGGCUUUACACUAAUGGACUGUUGGGUAUCAUAUUCACUUUUGGACUUCUUUACACUGCCUUAAAAAGUAGAAGGGCAAGAGCAUGGUGGUAUGGCACAGGGUGGUUUAGAAGUUUCAUUGCAGACUAUGGUGUUCCUUUAAUGGUUGUGGCAUGGACAGCACUUUCAUUUAGCAUACCAAGCAAAGUUCCUUCUGGGGUUCCCAGAAGACUUUUUAGCCCUCUUCCACGGGACUCUGCAUCCUUACAUCACUGGACUGUCAUCAAGGAUAUGGGAGGUGUCCCUCCAGCAUACAUCUUUGCUGCAUUUAUCCCUGCUGUGAUGAUAGCAGGGCUCUACUUUUUUGACCACAGUGUUGCAUCCCAGAUGGCACAACAAAAGGAGUUCAAUCUUAAAAAUCCUUCUGCGUACCAUUAUGACAUCUUGCUACUGGGCUUUAUGACUUUGCUUUGUGGAUUAAUUGGGCUACCUCCUUCUAAUGGUGUUCUACCACAGUCUCCUAUGCAUACUAAGAGCCUUGCUGUCCUCAAAAGACAGUUGAUUCGAAGGAAGAUGGUGGCAAGUGCCAAAGAAAGCAUCAAACAGAAAGCUAGCAACUCUGAAAUCUAUGGCAAUAUGCAAGCUGUGUUCAUUGAAAUGGACAGCAUUCCAAUUAAUGCAGUAAUUAAAGAGCUGGAAGACCUGAAAGAGGCAGUCAUGAAAGGAGAAGAUCCAAAGGAAACGUUUGAUCCGGAGAAGCACAUUGAUGCCUACUUGCCUGUCCGAGUUAAUGAGCAAAGAGUUAGCAAUUUUCUUCUGUCUCUACUUGUGGCAGCAUCAGUAUGUGCUAUGCCUGCAAUAAAGCUGAUACCUACAUCAGUACUUUGGGGAUAUUUUGCUUACAUGGCAAUUGACAGUCUUCCUGGGAACCAGUUCUGGGAGAGAAUGCUACUUCUAUUCAUUGCACCUGGCCGGCGCUAUAAGGUCCUGGAGGGGAUUCAUGCUUCCUUUGUGGAAUCAGUUCCAUUCAAAUACAUAGCCAUAUUUACCAUCUUCCAAUUCGUCUAUUUCCUGGUCUGUUUUGGUGUGACCUGGAUUCCGAUAGCUGGAAUCUUGUUCCCCCUGCCGUUCUUUAUUCUCAUCAGCAUCAGACAGCACGUCCUUCCUAAGUUGUUCCGUCCAAAUCAUUUGCGGGAACUAGAUGCAGCCGAAUAUGAGGAGAUUACCGGCGCUCCACGACUUUCUCUCAGCUUCUCUUUCAAGGAACGAGAAGCACCUGUUCUUGGAAAUGAGGAAGGCAAAGUCGAAAUGUGUGAUGCUGAGAUAUUUGACGAGCUAACUACCAGCAGAGGGGAGUUGAAGGUUAGAACUGUAAGCUUCAGGGAAGAGAAUGCUACUCAGGUCUGCUCCAAAGAUGCUGUCCAACCAGAAUGAGAGAUGAUGAAUUGUACUCGGAAGACAUAAAUGACGACGACGACGACAUUUACAGUUAGGAGAGAAGAAUUCCAUCAUAAUAGUUACAGAAAGAAGCCAAGAACAGAUCAUUAAGUUUUGUCCAGUCAGAAUUAUCCCAUCCUUUAAUUUCUAGUCCCUUCAAUGUAUAUAAAUCCAAAUUAGCAUUAGUAAAGCGAUAGAGAAGAUUUGCAGUAUAUUUCAUGAGAUUACUUAGAUGGAUGUCUCACCCUAUUUCGU